GUUGGGUUUUAAAGAAGUUAUAUAAAAGACAGUUUGUUGUGAGAUGCCAGUAGGCGACGAUGGCGCGCCCGGUUCAAAUAGUGGUUGUAGCUGUGUUUUUCGCGCUACGGUGCGGCACGCCUGCGCGUUUUCCCGAAAUUCUACCAUUUCACGGCUGGUGGUCUAAUGGACUCAGCUCUAGGCACUCGCAGGAAGCGAGCAAGGACGAGCAAGUGGUGUACUUGCCGGCGCUAGUGGCGCGCGAGGCGCAGUCGGCGGACGACUCGUCGCGAGAUGACAUUCCGCUGCCAUAUAGCUUCGACGCGUUCGGACGGAGCUUUGACCUGCAGCUCAUACCGAACCGACGGCUGAUAUCUCCGCAGUUCCGCGUGUGGUCGGAUCAUGGCCCGGACGAGCCGCUGUCCACCGUGGACUCCUCCUGUCACUUCCUGCACAGCAGCCCUGGAGCUGUGGCAGCAUUUUCCGCGUGCAGAGACCACGCACUUCACGGUCUCAUCAUGACCGAAAAUUCAACAUACGAAGUUCGGCCACUGACGUCAAUUGCGGGCCGAUCAGAAAACAGCAGAAAUCUUCACGGCCGUACAGCGCACAUCAUUCGCAGAGCCGCUCCGCCACCUUCAACCCUCAAUGAUGACAGACCCCUACGGCACAAGGCUAGGCGACCACGUUAUCGUCCUUCAAAGCCAACCCCGUCGUCUUAUACUAUAGAGAUCGCGCUAUUCUUGGAUGAGGCAGCGUACAAAUUAUUUUAUCCACACCUCAACUAUAAUGAAGCAGAUCUACGGGAUAUGUUGCUCGCGUAUAUUAACGGUGUGCAGGCCCUAUAUCAUCACUCGUCACUGGGCACGCGCGUUCAGUUAUCGCUCGUGCGGCUAACACUGUUGCGCAAACAACCAUCCUCUCUUUCCACAAACGCUGAACGCGGGCGACUGCUGGACUCCUUCUGCGAGUACCAACGCUCACUGAACGUAGACGAUGAUGACGAUCCGGAGCACUGGGACAUGGCGUUACUUCUUUCUGGUUUGGACUUCUACUCCGACGAGAAUGGACGUCGGAAUGGGGUGACGAUGGGCCUAGCGCCCGUGGGCGGCGUGUGUCUGCCCGCCCAUUCGUGCGUUGUAUCUGAAUUCGGCACCUCCGACACGCUCGGCCGGCCCUACCCUUCAGCUGGCUUCACCUCCGUCUACAUCCUUGCUCAUGAGAUUGGACACAAUCUGGGCAUGCAUCACGACGGGACGGGCAAUUCUUGCGCGCGCGACGGGUUCAUCAUGUCUCCUUCCCGCGGUACCAAUGGAGAGGCGACCUGGUCACAGUGCAGUGCUCGAGUGGUCGCUGACUUACAAUGGGCAACUUGUCUAUUCGACGGAGGCGAUGACUUAGACACACCACAUGAACUGCAACACGAGAAGUUUGGUGACGCUCCUGGAAUCAUUUGGGGAGCGAAAAAACAGUGCGAGAUUCUCCUGCGUGAUAAGGACGCCGCACCUGCGCAGGCGCCGGGAUCCGGGGGAGACGAGUCGCAGUGCAUGCAGCUUGCUUGUCGCUCGCCACAUCGCGCAGGCUUCUACUACGCAGGGCCUGCAUUACCAGGGACUCCUUGCGGUAAAGAAAAGUGGUGUCAAGGUGGAGAAUGCGUUGCAGCAUAUCCUUCAGCCGUGUCGCGGCCACCGCCUCCUUCUCAAGGUGGGGGUAGCACGUGGACUGAAUGGACAUCAGACACGUGCAGGUCGGGCUGCACGGCCAAGAGCCGCGGCGCGAGGGAGCGCAGGCGAUCGUGUCCUGAGAAUGCCGUGUGUGAAGGCUCUUCCUAUGAUGUCGUGCUAUGCGAGGAUUCCAAGGUUUGCGGCAAGAAGAAGCGAGUGAGCGCCAACGAGAUGGCAGCGCGCAAGUGCAGCGAGUACGCGACGCGCCUGCGCGAGCUGGAUCCACGCGGGGGAGGCCUGCAGGCGCCGCACGACCCCACUCGUAUGUGGAUGGGAUGCGCGAUAUUCUGCCGGCGCGCGGCGGGCGGAGGCUUCUACGCGCCAAGGGUCGAGCUCAACGACUUGGGGCUGGACCCCUACUUCCCCGACGGCACCUGGUGCCACCACGACGGAUCCACUCAUUAUUACUGCCUACAGCAUCACUGUUUACCUGAGAAUUUCAAGAUGUCACCGCAGUUCCACAUCUGGGACCUGCCAAGCGAAGAUAUGGAAGGCGCCUUCAACGCGAGGGCGCGCGCGGCUCCCGACGACGACGACUCGGCGGCCGCUCUUCGCACUUAUCUUUCGUUAGACAACACUGGCCUACCAUUCGCCCGCGGCGUGGGACCGCCACAUAUACCCGAUGAACCUGAGAGCAACUGGGAAGUCCUUGACUAUAUCGAAAUUACGAGAAACAAAACAUCAGAUUAAUUUUAAAAGUACUUUUUGUAGACAAAGUGUUUAUAACAUAACUACUGUAAAGAUCAUGGCCAUAGAGGUCAUGCCUCAUGGCAAGGAUCCAAGAGAUCAUUCUGCAACAUGUUCAGCUAACUCCUUAUCUUUGAGGGAUAGCGGAAAGUUAAGGCUUAGGUAAAGAAUAAAGGUAUACCUUUAGGUAGCUAAGAUAAUUAAAUACGUGUCAAUAGUGCAAUCUUUUUUUAAAGGAGAUUAAUUAAGUGCAUUAAGUAGGUAAUCCUGCUAUACCUAAUUGCAGAGUUACUAAUUGCAGUGCAACAAAUUAUUCCUUUUGUAAUUAAGUAUUGUAUUACUUACCUACUGAAAUAGUGAUUACCUCUUUAAUCUGUAAACAAUUUUACCAUAAAUAUUUAACGGAUACCGAAUAACUAGAUAGAUAUACCUUUGACCUAAACUGUAUACUUACCUACCUAAUUGAAAUAUCAAAAUAUAAGCUCUGUCGAGUCCUUUUCUUUUCAGAUUUUAAUUAGGUACUGUUAGUUUUCGUUUCUUUUGUGUAUUAUACGGAUAUUACCAGUAUAAUCAGAUCUUGACGUAGCUAAACUAGCUGGAGGGAGAAACGCUAGUAUGAAGGAGCUCUUAUAUGUGGAUAUUAGGUAGCUUUAUUCGUAAACAGCAAUGCCGCUUGCCAAAUCGAUAAAAAUACCACGUUUUACUUUUCAAUAUGUACAUUUAGUAAAAAUACACUUUGGAUUGCUCUGCAAUGAAAAUGUGAAUUUUAUUGAAGUCGUAAAACUUUUUGGAUUUCGGUCGAAAAAGCUUUUUCAUUAUAUUAAGGAAAGAAACAGUAUAAAGCUGCAUUUAUUAGAUAAGUUCAAUAUAAGAUAGUUUUCUUAUUUACCUUUAUUAAUAGCUAAUUAGGUAUAGGAUAAUUUAUAUCAACUAACAUUUAUUUCGAUGUUUCUGUAAUGAUUAAUUAUUAUUAUUAUACACAUUUGAGAGGAAUUAUGAGAAUAUUUCUAUUUAAAGUUUAAAAAUCUUAAGUUAAUGUUAAGCAUGUGAGUAAUAUUUUAUCGUAUUUAAGUAGUUUUAAGUCUGAAUCGUAAGUAGUUACCUACUACAAAAUGUGCUAGUCGUCGAUA